AUGACCAACACCACCGACAAGCUCCCCUCCAACUUCCUUUGGGGCUUCGCAACAGCCGCCUACCAAAUCGAAGGUUCCUGGAACGAAGACGGCCGCCUCCCCUCCAUCUGGGACACGUACGCCCACACCCCCUCCAAGAUCAUCGACGGCUCAAACGGCGAUACCGCUUGCGACUCGUACCACCGCUACAAGGAAGAUAUCGCACUCCUAAAAUCCUACGGCGUGAACGCGUACAGGUUUUCUAUCAGUUGGUCUCGCGUGAUUCCCAAGGGUGGAAGGGAGGAGGAGGUUAAUGAGAAGGGAGUGAAGUUUUAUAGUGAUGUGAUUGAUGAGUUGUUGAAGAACGGGAUCUUGCCGUUCGUGACACUACAUCAUUGGGAUUUACCACAGGAGUUGUAUGAGCGUUAUCAAGGAUUCCUCACCGCCUUCGAACUGGUCCCCGACUUCACCCGUUUCGCACGCCUAUGUUUUGAGCGCUUCGGGGAUCGUGUGAAGAACUGGCUCACUUUCAACGAACCCUGGGUCAUCUGCGCACUCGGACAUGCCGGGACGGGACCGGAAGGCUCCUUUGCGCCAGGCCGCUCGAGUAAUCGUGAUCUUAGCCCUGAGGGGAACUCCGAUACCGAACCCUGGAUUGCGGGACACACCUUGCUCCUCGCACACGCCAGCGCUGUCCAAGUCUAUCGCACGGACUUCGCCAAACAACAAGGCGGCCAAAUCGGAAUCACCUUGAACGGCGACUGGGCCGUUCCCUAUAAUCUCGAAGAACCCCUCGACCACGCCGCAGCCCAACGCAAACUCGAAUUCUCUCUCGGUUGGUUCGCGGAUCCGAUCUGGCAUGGAGACUAUCCCGCCUCGAUGCGCGAGUUGCUAGGUGACCGUCUUCCCACGUUCACGGAGGCAGAGAAGGCGAUGUUGAAGGGAAGUAGUGAUUUCUUCGGGUUUAACCACUAUACGACGAAUUAUGUCAAACACCGCGAGGGACCGCCCGAACAUGGAAACUUCAACGGGAACGUCGGGCUGACCUUCACUUCGAAGGAUGGUGUCGACUUGGGUCCCGAGACGGGAUUGGCGUUUAUGAGACCCGUUCCCUGGGGCUACAGAGCUCUGUUGAAUUGGAUUUGGAAGAGAUAUGGUGCACCAAUCUACUGUACCGAGAACGGCAUGUGCGCCAAAGACGAAGGCUCCCUCCCCCUCGCCGAAGCUCUCAACGACACCCCCCGCGUUGAAUAUUACAAGGGCUACCUCAAUGCAAUGUUAGAGGCCGUCGUGGAGGACGGCGUCGAUGUACGGAGUUACUUUGGUUGGAGCUUGAUGGAUAACUGGGAGUGGUGUAGUGGGUACGGACCCAGGUUUGGAGUUACGUAUGUUGAUUACGAGGACGGGUGUAAGAGGUAUCCUAAGGAGUCGAGUCGAUUUGUGAGGGGGUGGUUUGAGGAGAAUAUUUCGAAGUGA